AUGCAGACUGCUUCUAAAAACAUUUGUGAAAGAAUGGGUCGCUUUCAGGAGCUCAGUGAAUUCAAGUGUGGUACCGUCAUAGGUUGCCACCUGCGCAAUAAGAUCAUCUGUGAAAUUUCCUUGUUACUAAAUAUUCCACAGUCAACUGUUAGUGGUAUUAUAACAAACUGGAAGCAACAGGGAACAACAACAACUCAGCCGCAAAGUGAGAGGGGUCAGUGCAUGCUGAAGCACACAGUGUGCAGAAGUCGCCAACUGUCUGCAGAGUCAAUAGCUAAAGACCUCUAAACUUCAUGUGGCCUUCAGAUUAGCACAACAACAGUGCGUAGAGAGCUUCAUGGAAUGGGUUCAAUGGCCAA